AUGCUCUACUCCAACAUCCUCGCCCUCGGCGCCGCAACUCUGGCCGCCGCCGCCCCAGUCGCGGAGAACACCCAAGACUACGCCUUCAACGUCACCAACUUCGUCUUCGGCUGCACCACCGGCUGCUACUGGUACCUGGACGUCUCCGUGGAGGGUGAAGGACCCCACCACCCCGCCGUCAACACGCCCGUCCACUGCGAGGGCGGUCUGGACGAGGACACCGACUACGUCCAGUGCGGCAACGUCAGCGACACCCAGGCCAUCUACGCCUACAUCGUCAAGGACACCAACGAGCUCAACCUGCAGUACGAGGUGCAGUACCCCGAGGAGACGGCCGUCUACCGCUACUACGGCCAGCAGACCGUCUACGCUGCCACCAGCGACCAGGCCGAUCUCCAGGAGCCAAACUUCAAGGUUCUUGAGACUGAGACCACUGGUGUCGCUUAG